GUCGAUGAACACUUUGACUCGAUCAUUCCAUCUUCUGAUUCCUCAUCGAUUGUCAGCGCGAUUAAUUGCGCGACUCCAUCCUUUAGCACGAGCAAUGUCUUACGAAUCUUCUAUAUCCAGACUCCCUUCCCCACUGAAAGAUCUCGUUGUGACUUCGCAAGCAGAUGUCGGAAAGACUGAAGCCGACAAGGCUGAAGUAGCGCAGUGGAUCGAGAAGGUUGCAGAAGGAGAGGUCGCUCUUCCAGAUCUCGAGACACAACUCGUCCCUCGCACAUAUAUUGUGAGCAACUAUCUCACUGCAGCAGAUGUUGCUCUAUAUGGAGCGCUGCACCCAGUCUUUUCGCAGCUACAACCUGCUCAGCUCUACUCUACUCCUGCAGUCACGCGUUACUUCGACCACAUUCAAACGCGACCAUCUUUUUCUUCUGUUUCCUUUGACCUCGCGUCUGCCCCUCCAAUUGAGAGGAAAGUGGAUGCACCGAAGAAGAAAGAGAAGGCCGCGGCUGUGGCGGAGCAGGUCGAACCGACAGCUGUAGCGCCGGUAUCAAAAGAGAACAAAUCACCCGAAGAUAAACCAAAGGAAAAGAAAGAAAAGAAGAAGGACGCAGCCGCUGCGGACAACGGAGGCAAGAAAAAAGAGAAGGCUUCUACUCCUGCUGGUGGCAAGACUGUUGCUGAAGAUGCCGGUGAACCUGUGCCUUCAAUGAUUGAUAUGCGGAUCGGUCACAUUGUUGACGUGAAAAAACACCCCGAGGCUGACAGUUUAUAUAUCGAGCAAAUUGACCUCGGUGAGGAGACUGGUCCACGAACAGUUGUUUCUGGUCUUGUGAGCUACAUACCUAUCGAAGAAAUGCGGGAUAAGUACCUGGUUUGCAUUUGCAACUUGAAACCCGCGAACAUGCGUGGAGUGAAGAGUUUUGCGAUGGUCCUAGCUGCAACAUCAAAAGAUGGGAAGGACGGUGGCGUCGAGCUUAUUCAACCUCCACCAGGCUGCAAGCCAGGUGAACGGGUAUACUUUGAGGGCCCCGAUUACGAAAAUGCCCUGCCGUUGGCUCAAAUGAACCCUAAGAAAAAGAUAUUCGAGACAAUACAACCAGGUGCGGAAACUGCUUUUCUCCAGGAUCUCGAAUGUUAAUAGAUCGGGUUUCUUAGGAUUCACGACGCUAAAUACGA